AUGUCAGAGAAAGGGAACGCCAAUGAUUCGGUGGUAGGGAGUGUCGAUGGGACUCCUCCGUCCAAGCACCAUGAAAGGCUACCUGAACCUGGAUCAACUGAACGAAUUCUAGCCGAGCGCAAGUUGGUGCGGAAACUGGACAUGCGACUAUUACCCACAAUAUUUCUUAUUUUCAUCAUGAAUUACAUCGAUCGUAAUGGGGUUACAACAGCGAGACUGAAAGGGAUGCAACAAGACUUGCACAUCAACGAUGUCCAGUAUGCUACUGUUAUUGCCAUCCUAUUUGUGUCCUACUGUCCUGCCCAAAUACCCUCGAAUAUGAUACUCAACAAAGUCAGUCGCCCCUCAUUAUAUAUUGGGAUAUGCACGGUACUAUGGGGCCUGACCAGCCUUUUGACUGGUGUUACGAAAAACUUCGCUGGAAUCAUCGCUUGUCGGGUUUUCAUCGGUUUGCCAGAAGCAGCGUUUUAUCCUGGGGCUAUUUUCCUUUUAUCUCGAUGGUAUACCAAGAAGGAAUUAGCGUUCCGUUCAGCUUUUCUCUAUGCAGGAUUGCUAAUUUCCAAUGCUUUUGGGACUUUAAUGGCAGCCGGUAUACUUGCUAACAUGGAAGGAAAGCGAGGAAUUCGUGCAUGGCGCUGGCUAUUCUUUAUAGAAGGUGCAAUUACGAUUUGUGUUGGGUUGAAUAGCAUAUGGCUGCUUCCAGAUUAUCCCCAUAACACCAGAUGGAUGUCACCCUUCGAAUCUAGGCUCGCACAGGCACGACUCUCCGAAGAUGCAGGGGAAGCCGAUUUAGACAAUGAAAGCGAUUCACAACUCCAGGGACUCAUUCUUGCAAUCAAGGAUCCCAAAGUAUUGAUCUUCGCCAUAAUGACUAUUUCGCAACUUCUGGGCCUCAGCUUUGUCCAAUUCUUCCCAACUCUCACGGCAACCCUUGGCUUCAGCACAACUGCCACCUUACUACUAGCUGCUCCUCCGUGGAUUGUCGCAUCUGUGAUAUGCUGUUUGAAUGCCUGGCAUGCUGAUAAAACUGGAGAGCGCUUCUUCCAUAUUGCAGGCUGGUGGUGGGGUGUUAUUGUUGGUUUUAUCAUUGCCUUGUCUACCAUGUCCAUUGCUGCGCGCUACAUUUCUCUGUUCUUCAUGGCCUGUGGCUAUGUAGGUUUUGCAAUGACCUUAGUCUGGGUGUCCAAUGCUGUACCCCGACCUCCUGCGAAAAGAGCAGCUGCUAUUGGAAUCGUCAAUGGAUGUGGGAACAUUGGUAAUGUCAUGGGAUCAUACACCUGGAAAGCUGCUUGGAGCCCGAAAUAUCACCAGUCGAUGGCGAUAUCUCUUGGUGCACUUGUAAUCAGCACCUUACUCUCAUUAGUGAUCCGGCAGAUGCUCGUGCGAGAGAACAAGAAGCUUGAUGCAGAUGAGAAGGCUUUCAUGUUAGGCACAGAUCGCACUCGUGUCGAGGAAGCCGCGAAGCUCGAAGGCCUAACAUUUGAACAAGCCAUGGAAAGAAGAAAGGGAUUCCGUUAUUUGUACUGA